AUGAGCGCAGGAAAACUUCUGAGGCUCAGGAUGGACUUACCUGUCAUCAUGUUGCUCAUCCACCUGAGCCACGCUGAGAUGAGAGCGCUGCUGGCCAGCCGGCUGGACGUAGACGCUAGAUGUCCCCUUGGCCAGUUCCCUUGUGGGAACAUAAGUGAGUGUCUCCCCCAGGCUUUGCAGUGUAACGGACAGAACGACUGCUCGAAUGGAGCUGACGAGCAGCGCUGCGGGGACAACUUCGGAUGGGCCGACUUAUUUGGCCAAACACUACAAGAUGCCAAUGAUAUGGACCAGCACUUACUGAAUGAGUGUUUCUUGCAGGAGUAUCCAGAGAAGUGUGCUUGCUUAAAGACAGAUGUGGAAUGUGUGAAGGUCAACCUGCAGGAUGUUCCACUUCUCUCUCCUAAUGUAACCUUUCUGUCGCUGAGGAGCAAUGAGAUCCGAGUGUUGUCGGAUUUUGUUUUCUCACGGUACUCUUCCCUCGAGAGACUGUUUCUGCAAAACAACAGCCUCCAGUUCAUAUCCAUACAUGCUUUCAGCGGCCUGCACAGUUUAAUGAGGUUGUUUCUCAGCGAGAACUUGAUAUCUUCUCUUAGUCCUGGUGUGUUCAGGGAUCUCCAUCGGUUAGAGUGGCUGGUGUUGGAUCAUAACCCGUUAAGCAGCUUGUCCCAGGACACCUUCUUCGGGCUCCAGUCUCUCAUGUUCCUCUCCAUGGUGGGCACCUCGCUGCAGCAGCUUCCACACCUGAGCUUCUGUGAACACAUGCCUGCUCUGGACUGGCUGGAUCUUGAGGGAAACCAGAUUCAAACUCUCAACUACUCUAUCUUGAAGAACUGCAGCAACCUUGAAGUUCUAUUACUGAUGGACAACAGGAUCAGAAGUAUUCCUGAAAACACGUUCCAGUCUCUAUGGAAACUGGCUGAACUGAAUCUGUCCAGCAACAGGCUAAGGAAGUUGCCAAAAAACACCUUUAGGAGCCUCUCCAAGUCCCUCCUUAAACUAAAUAUUUCCCAUAAUCCACUUCUCAAGAUUCACCCCAGUCACUUCAACCACCUAACAAAUCUUCAGUCUCUGGCGCUGGAGGGGAUAGAGAUUCCAGACAUUCAGACUAAAAUGUUCCUGCCGAUGAAGAACCUCUCCCACAUCUACUUUAAGACGUUCCAGUACUGCUCUUAUGCGCCUCAUGUCAGGUCCUGUAAGCCCAACACAGAUGGCAUCUCUUCCUUUGAGGACCUGCUGGCUAACAUGGUGCUGCGGGUGUCUGUCUGGGUCAUGGCCUUUAUCACCUGCUUUGGUAACCUGUUUGUCAUCGGCAUGAGGUCACUGAUACGAGCAGAGAACAACCUGCAUGCUGCCUGCAUCAAGGUCCUUUGCUGUGCAGACUGCCUCAUGGGCGUGUACCUGUUUUUCAUUGGAGUGUUUGAUGUGAAAUUCCGUGGACAGUACAAUCGUAACGCCCUGCUCUGGAUGGAGAGCGUUGAGUGUCGGACCAUUGGAUUCCUGGCCAUGCUCUCCUCAGAGGUGUCUGUUCUCCUCCUGACCUACCUGACUCUGGAGAAGUUCCUGGUCAUUGUCUUCCCCUUCAGCAACCUGCGCCCGGGCAAACUUCAGACUGUGGUGGUCCUGGCCUCUAUCUGGCUGCUGGGGUUCAUUAUUGCUGCUGUGCCCCUAAUGAAUGAGGACGUGUUUGGAAACUACUAUGGACGUAAUGGGGUCUGCUUUCCCCUGCACUCUGACAGGCAAGAAAAACCUACCGCCAAAGGAUAUUCAACAGGGAUAUUUCUGGGCCUAAACCUGGUAGCAUUCCUGGUGAUCGCGGUCUCCUACGCCAGCAUGUUCUAUUCCAUCUAUAAAACUGGCAUCAAUGCCACAGACUUGAGGAGCAGCCUGCACAAAGAUGUGGCUGUAGCCAACAGAUUUUUCUUCAUAGUGUUCUCUGAUGCCCUCUGCUGGAUUCCCAUAUUUUUGGUGAAAAUCCUUUCACUAUUGGAGGUGGAGAUACCUGGCACCAUCUCUAGCUGGGUAGUCAUCUUCAUCCUUCCCAUCAAUAGCGCCUUGAACCCCAUCCUGUACACCUUGACCACCAGCUUCUUCAGAGAGCAGGUGGAAGUCUUACUCUGUCGUUGGCAGAGAAGACACAUCUUGAAAAAGGACCGCAAAAGCCUCACCUCCUCCACAAUCUUCAUGGAGGUGCCGCGGCCUCCUUGUUACAAGCCACCAGCCUAUCUCCAGCAAAUGUCACUGACCGGCGCAGAUACCCGCUACGCCUGA